AUGCAGGCACAGCCUCAGUCAUCUGCCCAGCAGACACAUGCCCAGGUGACACCAGUCAGGCAGGCACAGCCUCAGUCAUCUGCCCAGCAGACACAUGCCCAGUCAGGCAGGCACAAGCCUCAGUCAUCUGCCCAGCAGACACAUGCCCAGGUGACACCAGUCAGGCAGGCACAGCCUCAGUCAUCUGCCCAGCAGACACAUGCCCAGGUGACACCAGUCAGGCAGGCACAGCCUCAGUCAUCUGCCCAGCAGACACAUGCCCAGGUGACACCAGUCAGGCAGGCACAGCCUCAGUCAUCUGCCCAGCAGACACAUGCCCAGGUGACAUCUGUCAAGCAGAAACAGGCUCAGUCACCUUCUGUCCACCCUUUGCCGUCACUCCCAAAAUUGUCAGCAAAGACGACUGCCACUUGCAGCCAAUGUAAUGUAACACUCCUGGCCAAAAAUCUACGAACUCACAUUCAAAGACAACAUACGGACAGAGUAAAUGCGAUGACUCCUGAGAAGCACUUCAGAUCUCAGUGCAUUGAUGGAAAAAUUGGCAUUUUUGCUGUUGAAAAGGCAUUUCAUGGUCAAGCAAUACCCAUACAUGUAAUAAAAAAUACAUGGGGCCCAAACUUUCGUUCAGCCUGUGAACUUGACCAAUGCAUUUCAAAUGCUGAAUACGCACACAUCACUGGGAUCUUACCGUUUGAGUGCUGCCAUGUACAGUCAUUGUGUUUUUGUAAACAAAUUGAAAAAUCCAAUUUUGCACUGACAGAAAACAGUCUCUCUCAGCUGGUGCAGGAGAAGUGGUUUGGUGAAGCAAGGAAAAUCCAACUGUUAAAGUUGCAGCAAGAAGCAAAUGUUGCGGAGACACCUUUGUCUUUCCAUGUCACUGUUGGAAGUUCAUCAACAAAAUGUUUCAUUUCUGUGUUUGAACCAACAGUGUCCUAUUACAGUAGAAUGGGAAGGGUCAUGGUGACUUAUGAUAAAAAGAAAAAUAACUGGCAUUGUCCUUGUGCCAAGCCUCGUCAAUCGUGUAUUCACAAAGCCACAGCAAAGUGGCAUCUUUUCCAGACAAUACCACAGCUCUUCAAAAGGCUUAAGAGUUCAGAAGGUCCCAACACUGUUCAUGAAGAUGAUGAUGCCAACUGUCAUGAUUCAUAUCCCCCUAACUCUACUACAGUCAAAAAAAUGAUGGAAGACAUGCUCGAACAUAAGAAAAUUCCAGUGAAACUCCAACAGGACAUCCUGCAAAAAUCAAAGCAUGCUUUUCCAAAACAUCUUGUGCCUGAGGAGGUUGAAUGCAGACUAUGCAAGGGAGUUUUGAGUGAACCUGUUUUGAUUACUUGCCGGGCAAAGAUAGUGUCAUUCAAUGGACUGAUUCAGGGUGUGUCUACCUACUACAAGUUGUGCCAUAAAUGCAAUCACAUAUACAGAUACCAAGAAUGGCAAGAUGGUUUGCACAACUUCAAUGAUCAUGUAAUCCUCACCCUACACUUAUGUUUGGUUUUGAGAAAUUCUCUACAGAAUCACACAGCUGUUGGUAGGGUUGUGCAAAUAAUUGAAGCCACAGAGGGAGAGUCCUUUCCCAAAGGGGACCUAAUCAUGCAGGCAUAUCUGCAUUUUGAAGCUUUGUGUGAUUUAGACUACAUGUACUCCUGUGUGUCCUGUGGAUACAGUCCAACUACUGUGAUUAUGGACCUUCAUAAAAAAGGAGUGUUUAGCAUCCCAGUGAGUGAAAUUCCAUCUCCACCUGUGGAUUAUGAUGGGCAUGUUGACAUAGAGCAAUUUUGGAAUGCAGUGACAAUGGAUGUGAUAAGCAGAGGGUUUUACCCAAGUGGCAAAGAAAACCCAUUUAAAAUUUCACCGAGUUACCACUACUGGUCCCCGUGGAUAGGUCCAAAAACAAGGGGAUCAACGAUGGUUUUAAACACCGAGAAUGCAAAAGUCCAUUCUCCAGAUGGAGGGAUUGAUGUGGAUGUGCCCCUUACUGAGGAAAGGCUUGGAGAUGAGCUUCUCCACCUCAAGAUUGCAGAUUUGAAAAAGCUGUGUCGACAGUGUGGGGUUGAUAAUGUUGGUUCUAAAAUGGAUCUCGUCCUCAAACUUCGUGAUAAAAUGUCGAAUAGAGUGACAUACAACAAGGUGUUUGAAAAGAUUUGGGGUGCUUCAGGUGGUGUAGGUGUAAUCAUGUGUCCGUGUGGGAUUGUUUACUCAAUCAAAUUUAACCUGAGAGCUGAGAGUCCACGUGAUUUCUCGGACCUUCUGCUGUCAUGGAAGAAUUUUCAGAAUAUCACAAUCUAUGAUUACCCUCGAGGCUUAGUUGCACACACAAAUAAAAGGCAACCAAGAUGUCCACCUUUCCACCCAUUUGAGGGUAGAGUGCAAGACCCCUCCGCUGAAAACAUUAAAAAAGCAAAAGAAGGAAAGCUAAAAGUACACCUUCCUUGGCUGGCACACAAAAAAAACCCUGCAGAUCCUGACUGCCACCCGGUGACUGGUUCUUCCGAGCACUACUGUUUGUGUGACGUUUUUCAUCAAAGAAACAGUAGGGAUGAGAGAGAUGUGCUCUGCACUAUUGGUCUUGUGCCAGAGCUGGCUGGAAAAGUUAAUAGCCAGCGUGCAGAGCAGCUUUUUUCCGAAGUAAAGAAAAACAAUUACUUCAUGAAUAUGUUAAGACCAGCAGCACACAUCUUUCUGGCACGAAAUAUCCUCCACCACAGGAAUCUUGCACAUAACCAAAAAAAAAUAGAUCAGUUUAAUAAAUUGUUCCAUGGCAAUCGUACUUUGGAAUCCGAUUUAAAUGCCCACAAAUCCACAGACAAGCAUGUGUUUUCUGACUUGGAGAUUGUACCUGAUGAUGAGGCAGUGCUCAAACAGGCACCAAAGGAUUGUGGCACACCUCCACCCUCUGUCAAGACUGAUAAGAGAUCCUUAGUGAACCAACACAACAACUUGCCUGUUCAAAGUUCUGCUGAGAGUAUUUUCACUCUGGAAUGUGUGCAGCCAAACAAGGCAUGCUGGACACAGCCACCCAGUACAGUCCAGCUGGAGAAGUUAAACCAUGCCUUACAGGAGAGAGGGCCAAAAAAUGAAUUCCUAGCAACUGUUGGAGGCACAGUGCUCACCAGGUUGGAUUUCCAAACGUUGGGACUACAUGAUGUAGAGGCGACAAUUUUGAAUGCUUGCCUUUCUGUCGUAAAGGAUGUUGCUGGCCUUCAGGGUAUAACAGUCCAUGUGUUCAGUGCAUAUGUGACAGUGACUUGGUUGCCUCCAAUGUGUGUUGACCCACUGUGUAAUGUUCCUGAAAAUCUGGCAAGUCAUGACAUCAUUUUACUACCUUCUUGGACGAGCAAUCACUGGAUGAUCUGUAAAACGAGCACAGCAUGUAUGUUCAGACACAUGGGAUGAAUACAGUGCUGAUGAAAUUCCAGGCAUUCCCAAACAACACUGCUCAAAUAACUGUGGAGUGUUUGUGUUGAUGUAUGCUCUAUACAUUGUGAUGGAGGGGCAUUUUGAUUUCGAUGAGUCUGACAUGCAACUGCUAAGACACUGGUGGUGCAUAGUUUUGCUGACAAACUACCCUUUGAAUUUUUUAUUUUAAAACAUUUUUAGGUCAGAUGCUAAAAGAAAAAGCCUCAGGAAAAGAAUGAGAACGCAGAAAGCAGGUAUGGUUUACACUGGUAUUUUUAAUGGUACAAUUAGAAGGAAUAUGAUGGUUUUGUUUUUUUUGUUUUUUUAUUGUUCAUUUAGAGGCAAUCGACCCCAUCCCAGUUGACGAUUUUCUGACCACGAUGCCUCCUGAGAUCCUGCGGCAAAUCCUUUUGAAGGUCGUCACAGAGGAUGGUGAUGUGGCUUUCCUUCGCCUCUCCUU